CUUCCCUCAAUGUUUAUCGUGCUCAGUUGUUGUGUAUCUUUCGUAGAGUGACAGUAUCGGUGUUGCGUACUCCGUCAAAAGAUGCCGAUAGGAACGUGAAACCAAAGCCAAUAGAAAAACAAUCUAUUCAAUGAAGCAUCACGAGUGAAACUUCAGUCUAAUCUACUUUUAUAAAGUUUCUUAAUAAUUUAAUAAUUCUAUUUAUGUAUUUAUGUAACCCGUAAGCAACCUAAUUUAUUUAUUUAUUUAACUUAUUCUAAACAAAAACUCAAUUCAAAGAAAGCUAUUAAACAAAAGCAUUAAAUCGCAAAAUCAUUCAGUAAAACUUCAUCAGACGCGCUCGAGUCAGUAAAAUUAAUUUAAUAUUCCGACAAGUCAUUAAGUCUAGAAUUGUUUUGAAAACACAAACACACGCAAAAAAAAACCAAACUAAACAAACGACAGAAAAGUACAAAUUUAUCUCUAAAAGCAAACAAAUCUAACAAAACAAACCCUGUGAAAAUACGCAGUUGUGAACGAAAACUAAAUCUAAAAUUUUGAUCAAAACAAGCAAAACACAAGAGUUGACAAUAAGUUGAUCCAAAAGUUUAACACAGAAAGGCACAAAUCUCUCAACCGGAGCCAGUAUUAUUUCGCAAACUGACAAAACAAAAGCAAAACAAGUACAAACAUACAACAACAACAAAAUCCCGCUAACAAACAAACACAUAAAUAGUUAAUACAAAUACAGAGUAAUAGUCUAAAAUCCACACACAAAACAAAAUUGUGCAAGUGUUCAAAUAAAACCUACGAUCUUAAGUGAAAAUGUUACCUUCGCCGAGAGCCGGCGGAAGAAAGUGAGUGUUAUUUUUUUGAUACAAGAAGAAAAGAGUGACAGAACCAAUAUUUACCCUCCCGUCGGAUUCAAAACGCCGUACACGCAUAUACGCAGAAGAAGCAGAUGACGAAGAAGAGAUAGUGAAAAAUAUACCAAAAAAAUAAAUAAUAAAAUAUCCAAUAGAAGCAGUUGUAUCGAAGAGUGCAAAUUCCGUGCUGCCAGUGUUCAAAAGUCUACCUCUCAGGAAAACAGAAAGUAAACAAAUCAAGUGAGCUUUGAAAAAGUAAUACAAAACAAAGGAAACCCGUGCAUUUCCGGUGUUUGAAAGUUUUGGAAGAUUUUCGGUUUCUCUAGUCGUCGGUUACUACGUUAAGCGAAGCGUAGCACGCGCGUUGUGAUUUUUUGUGCCCGUCAAAAGCAAUAGACAGUCUAAGAGAUGUAGUAUGACAUCAAUGAUGAGUGCUAGCACUGCGGAGGAAACGGCCGACCAUAGUUUACCUUCGUUUGCAUCGUUUACAGCGGAGCUGGAGCCCUCAUGGGAUUACUACGACCGUCAGGAGCGUUCAAACGGUUCUACCAACGGGGGUGAUGUCAUAACAUCCCAAACAAGCAAUAGUAGUUAUACCAGACCUUGGGAAAUGGAUUCCAAGGACCAUCGUGCAGCCAUCAGCAAUGGUGGCGGUGGUGGAGGGGGUGGUUUCGAACCCUUCCCCAAGUUGCCAUCAUUUCAGAGUCAGUUCCAUGGCUAUACGGACACGGCCAUGGGCGCAACGGAGCCCAGCUUGCCGCAGGUUACUGCCGUUCCGGUGCCGAUUUCACCGAGUUCAGGUUCACCCGGAGCUGGCGGUUCGUUAACUCAGCUGACGCAGUUGACCCCCACUCCGCUGGCACCGCUUCAAAGUGGACUUGCGUCUAUCGGAGGCUCCGGUUUCCACACGUUGAGUGCUGUCAAUCCACGUCCGUACCCACUCGUACCUGCACCGAUCCAAGCUCGUGAUAUCCCCACAAUCAAUCAGCAGUACAUUGACGAACGCCACAUCCAGCUGUAUCAGCCUAUUUCCAGCUUUCAACCGCAAACCAUUCCCACCGUUACUGUGCUCAAAAACGAAGUUGUUGACUUUGAUUUGUCCUCGCUCAAAAAUGGCUCUAUCCAUCACAGCAACUUCCACAGCUCAAUGCUGGAAGCCAACGUCUUCGUUCAAAACGGAGCUUCCCAUCCGCAUCAUCAUUCUCAUCAACAACAGCAACAGCAGCAACAUCACCACCACCAUCACCAUCAAACCGUGCAUCAGCUGCACCAACCACAGCACAAUCUGGUUACGCCAUCAAUCCAGGAACACCACAUUACCAACAACAGCAAGCUGAACAGCUCGACGCCGAACCUGGACAGCAGUACCGGUGUCGGAGGUGGAAUCGGCGGUGGCGGCGGCAUGGGUGGUAUCGGUGGCAGUGGUGGCGGUCAGUCGGCACAGAUAUCACGGAUCGCCGACAACCGGAAAAAGGAACGGCGGAAAAUACGGGCCCCCUCGCUCGAGUCCAGUGCCGAGUCCGAGGGUAGUGCAAUGGAAAUUGGCGAAAGUGGCAAUCCGGGCCAGGUGGCGGCCAUCUCCAGUACGGCCAACUUCAAGAGUCCGAUGCAUACCAUGAGCAUGGAUACGGACGACGGGGCCAUGCCGGGCGAGAAGAAGACAAAGAAGAAGCGCAAGCGUUGCGGCGAAUGUGUCGGAUGCUCGCGCAAAGACAACUGCGGAGACUGUGCGCCCUGUCGGAACGACAAGAGCCAUCAAAUCUGCAAGACUCGCCGGUGCGAAAAACUGACGGAGAAAAAGAUUCUGUACGGUCCCGAUGGGCAGUUGCUCAAACCGGAAUCACGUCGUGGUCGCGGCAAGGGACGAUCCUCGAAGACCACCAAGGCUGAUGCCGCUGCCAGUGGGGGCGCUACCACCGAUGCCAAUGGAGCGGUCGUGACGUACGACGCCAACGGGCAACCUGUGCGCGAAGGAAAACGCGGUCGCGGUAGAGGACGCGGUGGCGGGAGUGGACGCGGUCGUAAGUCGCUGAAUCUUGGUGCCACACCGAAGAAUCUGCCCCAGAACUCAUCGGCGGCUAGUCCGGCCCCAGCAUCGUUACCACACCCCUCGCCGAACACUACUACCGGUGCUACGACUGGGGCUCCCAAUGUGGUCCAAUCGAGCCAACAACUGGUGACCGUUUCCGGUGCCCAAACAGGUGUAAACGCUACGCUGCUUGCCAACAACAACAACAAUUCCAGCCAGCAGCAGCAACAGCAACCGCUACAGCAGAUUGCUCAACAAAGCGUACCCACUAACCAGCAGGGUUUGCAACAGCAGCAACAGCAACAGCAGCAGCAACAACAACAGCAAGUGCCAACCGUCGGUGUAAUCAAAGCCGAAACAAUGAAGGAUCAGCCGCAACAGCCAAUGGCACCGAUGGCAUUCUAUCCGACCUGGCAGGCCGACCCAUCCCAGGGUUGGCAGAAUCAGUUCAUCCAGCAGAUUCCGCAGAAUACUCCCGCCAUAACGCCGCUAAACUCGCUCGAAUUUCAGCCACAGGGUUACGCCGCAUACCAGCCGAACGGUUACGUCCAAACGGCCGGAAUCGGGUUCGAUCCGAACUACGGUCGGACCUAUGCCGCUCCCCCCACCGUACAGCGGUACGAGUUCCAAACCAACCAAAUCACACCGAUCAACCAGGUGUCGCUCCAGAGUGUUUCCUUUGCACCGACCGUCACCUACGCCGGACAGGUCUCGACCGGACCGGCAGUCGUCUCACACAACCCGCACGAUCAGUUCAAUCUGCAGCUCAACAAGCAGACGUCGGGAAACGACAUGCCUGGAUAUCCACGGGUGAACAGCGUACCGCCGCGCUCACUCAAUUGUAAUGGAUAUUCAGGCCAGCAAGAAUAUGGCGGCCAAACCACCACCCAAGCCAGCUCGGCAACGACUAAUGUAACCAAUGCCAACGGAACUUCCACCAGUACCGGUGCCAACAGUGCCGGCACCGGCAGUAACAGUUCCAUGCACCCACCGGCACAGGUUCCGCAGUCGCCGAACCGGCAAACGCAACAGCAACAGCAACCCCCGCGUCCCAAUUCCAACCAACAACUGUACGCUCAGCAAUCUCCGAACCCGUACAGCAGUAACGGAAACAAUAACAAUCUGCAGCAAUCGCCAAACCACAACAAUGGUGCUAACAGCGCAAACAACAACAACAAUAACAACGUCUACGCGCAGCAAACUCAUAGCGGCAUGCAUACUCCGUCACCAAUGCAAACGCCAGACAAUCAUCAGUCGCCCAGCCACAUGAACGGUGGCCAGCAACAGCAAUCCCAAGGAGACUGGGUUGGCUGGAAUCAACAACAGCAGCAGCAGCAGCAGCAAUCGACCGAUCUGUUCAACCAAUCCGACCGGGUAAAUCUGAACUCACGGUUGAAAACAAUGAUUAUGAACAAGAACGAUCCCAAGGACGGGGUCGGUGGCCUGCAACCCUCGGGUCAACACAUGAGUCAUCUAGGUGUCCAAAGCCCGGGGCUUGGACAAGGACCGGCCCAACAACAGACCGGUCAUUUUUUAUCGUAUAGCCACCAUCUCCGAGACAGUCUAACGCCUACAUCGCUAGCGGCUGGUGGCAGUAGUUCUGCCACAGGACAGUCGCCAGCGCCCAACUCAGCAAUGAUGGGUGGUGGAACAGGCAGCGGCAGUAACAGUACAUCCAACGAUGGUACUAUCGGAGAUGGUGGCGGUUUGAUCAACAGUAUCAGCAAUAUUGUUGAUCCCAACUGGAAGCAAAGCAGCAAAUCGCCCGGCAUAGGCAUCGAGAGCAAUGGAGCAAACAGAGCAGAGCACGAACAUCACACGCUUAUGGGCGAUCUUCAUCACGGUAGUAAGCAUCAGGGUUUUGAGCAGAAGCAGCAACUAAUCGACAAGAAUAAUACCGACCCAGGAGGUGGCGGUCUACAUCACGAUACAGGCGGCGGCGGACACGACAUCAAGCAUAAACUCCACUCCUCCAAAUCGUCGUCUUCAUCAUCGUCCUCCUCCAAGUCUAAGAACAGUAGCCAUAAGAAUAGCGAUAAGCAUAGCAAAUCGAAAAACAAUCAUCAUCUCGACAUGAAUCAACCGAUAGACUCUAACAAAUCUUCCAGUAAUCUUAAUAGCUAUUCAAGUAGUAGUUUUAUGAGCGAUCAACACUCAUCGUCAUCUUCGUCGUCGUCGCCGUAUCCGAAUCUUAAUCAAACAUAUCCAGCAACCAAUCAUAGCAGUAGUAGUAGCAGUAACCAAUCGUCACUUGGACUCGUUGGCUAUCCUAGUCACCAUCUGGACAACAAAGUGGACGACAAGAGUCCUCUGAAUCGAUUCCGACACGAUAACCUCAACAGUGGCUUCAAUCCACACCUUCCGCACCAGCAGUCGCCCCAUGGCCUCCACAGCGGUGCAUUCCACCAUCCGCAAACCGCCACCGGUGCCGGGUCAUCCGCCUCCGGUUACAACCUAAUGAACGUGAAAAAGGAACCAGGUCUGCUGGACGAUGGUCAACCACCCAAGUUUGACGGUUACGAGAAGAACUACCAAAACUUCAUCCGCUACGGAGAAUACAAUGACAGCAGUCAACCGCCACAAAGCCAACCUUCUCAGCACGGCAGUUCUAGUCUUUCCGGUUCGACUAAAUCCGAGUACAACAGCUACUAUUCCCCGUACGGCACCUAUCCAGGCUACCAGAACUAUCCCAACUACCAUAAUCAAAACUUCAACAGUCCCUCGGCAGCUGGCAGUGCGCUUCCACCACCGGCUCCGGAAGUAAGCACACCACUGCCGGCAAUCACCACUCCGGUUGCCCAUCAAACCAACUUCGAGCAGCAGAUCCCCGCUCACACGUACCCAAUCCCGAAAAACACCGGCAUUCCCCAACCGGACGUUCCUAUCAAGCUGGAAGUGGAAGACAAUUCAUAUCUGGCCAACAAUAGCGCACCUCCGCUGAGUGAACCAAGUCCGGUCCUCAACAACAAUCCCCCAUCAAGCGUACCCAUCAUCGUUCCGAAGACCAGUUCUGAACCGGAACCUCCACUUCCGGCUCAAACUGCCAGCACGCCUUCUACGGGCAAAUCCAAAAAGUCCGACAAGAAAGACAAAGCCAGCAAAGACUCGACAUCCGGAGGUGACGGCGAAACCAAGACCGAAGGUAGCGGUGGUAACGGUAGCAAAUCCAACAAGAAGAAGGAAUCCAAGGGCACGAAGAAGGAACAGGAAGCUGCCGCCGUCAAGCAGGCAGAAGACGAAAAGCUAGAAAAGGCACACAAACCGGAAGCACCGGACUGUGAUUGCUUCAACUCGACGGACAACAAAGCUCCGUCCGAACCGGGAAGCUACUACACCCAUCUGGGCUGUGCAUCAUCCCUGGAGGAACUCCGCCGCGAAACGGAAACUCGCGUGGGACUGUCCGGCAAACAGCUACGGAUAGAGAAAGUCGUUUACACCGGCAAGGAGGGCAAAUCUAGUCAAGGUUGCCCGAUUGCCAAGUGGGUCAUUCGACGAGUCGACCCGGAGGAGAAGCUUCUCUUCAUCGUCAAACGACGCCAAGGGCAUCGGUGUAAGGCGUCCUUCAUUGUGAUAUGUAUCGUAGUCUGGGAUGGUAUUCCAACGCAGGAAGCGGACAGCGUCUACCGGAUGCUAUCGGUCAAACUGAACAAAUACGGUCUUCCAACGGUGCGUCGCUGUGCGACCAACGAGAACCGAACUUGCGCAUGUCAGGGUCUCGAUCCGGAAACCUGUGGAGUAUCGUACAGCUUUGGCUGCAGCUGGUCCAUGUAUUAUAAUGGUUGUAAAUAUGCCCGUUCCAAAACGGUGCGUAAAUUCCGUCUGUCGGUCAAGAACGAGGAAGCCGAGAUCGAAGAACGCAUGAACAUCCUGGCGACGAUGCUGAGUCCUCUGUACGUAACGGUAGCACCGCAGGCCUUCCAAAACCAAGUCCAGUACGAACGGGAAGCUCCCGACUGCCGACUGGGACUGAAACCCGGAAAGCCUUUCUCAGGUGUCACUUGCUGUUUGGACUUCUGCGGUCAUACGCACCGAGACUUGCACAACAUGCAGGAUGGAUGUACGGUUCAGGUGACGCUACUGAAACCGCUUCCACCGGGUGUGAAACCGGACGACGAACAACUGCAUGUUUUGCCACUCUACACCAUGGACACGACGGACGAGUUUGACAGCGAAGAAGGUCAGAAGAAAAAGGCCGAGACCGGAGCCGUGCAAGUGCUGGAGAAAUUUCCCACUGAAGUUCGAGUGCGAUCGACACCAUUGCAACCGUGCCGGCGGCAUGGAAAGAAGCGUGGAAAUGGUAAGGACGAAAAGUCCAAAGAUGAUUCCAACAAUGAGGAAUCUGUGCCGGAAACGCCACCACCUCCACCGCCCCCGACGAAGAAGGAAAGCAAAUCAAAGAGCAAAAAAGGUUCUUCGAGUUCGUCGAACAGCAACAACAACAGCAAUGGAAGUAAUAGUAAUCAGAAUAGCCAAACUUCUUCAGGAUCUGGUUCUCCGAAAGGUCAAACUUCGAGCAACAACACCACCAAACCCAGUGGGGAAACUAGCGCCAACGGUAACAAUGGAGCCACCAAUAUCAACAAGACAGUACCUCCGCAAGGACAGACUGCGGGAAACAACGGAUCGAACAGUGCAUUUACGCCACCAAAUGCAAUUGCCUCGCCUAACAACCCGGGCAAUAGUACACUCGUAGAUAUGGCUUCUAUGAUUGAUACCUUUACCGAUGCACAACUGCAGUCCAAUCAGAUCUCAAGCACGGUGCUAGAUUCACCGUACAGCUACGACUACAAUACGGGACAAUACAUCGACAACCGGCAGUACUACAACAACUGGCCAACGGAUUACUACGGUAACCGAACCGAUCCCAACAAAAUGCUGGGACGGAAUGAAGAAAUCCCCGAUACAACCACUCGGCCGGGUAGCAACAGUAGUAAUUCAGCUUUCAGUCCUAGCAUACCGGAUCCGACGAAAACGCCAACUCCAAUCCACUUAGACGACUACAGUAGUACCAAACUGAACCAACAGCAGAGCCAAAAUACGUACCACACGCUCCAACAACCGGAGCAAGGUUUUGUGAAACCAAAGCCACCAGACUAUAACCCAGGCUACGGUUAUCAUCCAAAUACUCCCAUGAGUUACGGUUACCAUUCGCCAUACACGCCAUACGAUCCAUACCAGAACUACAACUAUGGUUAUCCACCACAAACCUACCACCCUACAUAUCACAACAUGUACUCUGCCACGCAGACGCAACUGCCUGGCACUGGUCCGGCCCCACCACCUCCGCCUACUGCGGUAAUACCGGCACCUCCUCCACCAUCCAACUGGAAUCUGUAUCCGCCGCAUCCUCACCAUCAGACGCAUAUCCCGCCCAGCACCCCAUCGCAGCUUCACGCGCCGCAUCAGCCUCACCUGGGUCCCAAGCAGCAUGACAUUCCUCCGGUUAUGCAACAGGCGCCGCAGCCACCGGCACCUCCUCCACCGCCGAAGGAAACCCUCGGCGAGGUUACGGAAACCAACGACAACCUGGACUGCUUCGAGGAUCCGCAGAUGGGUGGCAUUGCGAUUGCGCUACCGCACGGCAGCGUCGUCAUCGAGUGUGCCAAGCUGGAGAUGCACUCGACGACGGCCCUCAAGAAGCCGAACCGGCUGAAUCCCACCCGGAUGACGUUGAUCUUCUACCAACAUCGGAACCUGAACCGACCGAAGCACGGCAUCGCCGAGUGGGCGGAGAAGAUGCGGCUGAAAAAGUUGGGCCUGGCCGUCAACGAUCCGAUCGACGACAAGGAUAUGCUGCUGAUGCAGGAGGACGACAUCAAGUCGGAACCGCUGGACGACCUGCACCACAUGCGGCAUAUGGGUGACGAACACGACAUGAUGGACGUGGAAUACUCGGGUGUCUAGUGGUGAGAGAAAAAUCUGCCGCCAGGACGACCGCUGGAUGAGCAGAUUACAGCAACACGCGGCAAUUGCAGCAGCCAUCAAUCGGCGUCAGGUUUGGCGACGUCGGUUCCAUUGACCUCGCAGCCGCCGCUGCCGGGUGGAGUUCCUGGUUCCAGUAGGGGGGCAUUCCAUCACCAGCAGUCGCAGCUGCCACAUCAGUGGCUCCCAACGGGACUACAAAGCCAACCGCACCACGAAAGACACGAUCCUAAUCAAUACUACUACUAUUACUACUACUGAGGAAGGACGACAGACAGAGGAGGAUGAGAGAAAAUAUCAACUGAUGCUAGUGACUACAUAAGAAUAAGAUUCGGAACAACCACUCGAGAAAGACACGAAUACGUACGCUCCAGUAUUUUUGAGAUGCAAAACCAGGAAACUGUAAGACGUAAAACCAACGCGUUGUUUUAGCUAAGGACUUACAUUGUAACUUUUAGUUUGUUUUUGUGCAGAGACUUUUCUUUGUGAUAAGCAUUUGAGUUAGGUUUCGCAAUACUCUCUAUUGCUCAAAUCUGUCUCGAUUGUUUUUAGUUUGUAUGUCGGAAUCUAAAAUCUCAAUUUUUGUUUGACUUUUUGAAGAUCGAAACAAUAACGACAACAACAACAACAACAACAAACAAACGCACCUUCAGGCACACACUAAAGAAAACAUAGGAAAAAAAGAUAUCAAAAAUAACUUUUGAACAAGAAAUCAAAUAUUUUGAAAACAAGAAAUAGCAAAUUUAACGUAAACAAAAAUAAUCUAUAUCGAAGCCAAAAGUACAAAAAAAAAAAACAAGUUGUUAACACAAAAGAAUCUGACUACGUACUGUUCCAUUUUGACUUUUAAUUUUAACCUCCCAAACCAAAUUCGUCCAAACGUCAGAACGAAAUCUGGACCACUCCUGCAUUAAUCUUCUCGAUUUUUUGCUGCUUACUUUAAACCCAACCUGAUGAAACGGAACGCGAAAAAUGCUCUCGCUCUAGAAUUUUUCCGGGAGAACAUAGUUCUCUCACUACUACAAACUUUGCGCUCUAUAGCUCCGAUUUGCUGACUUUGCUUAAUGUGAAACAAUGGAAAAAGAUAUCACAAAUGUUUGCUAAAAACUAAUACACUAACGACUAGCUGUUAUAGACUUUUUUUUGUAAAUACUAUUCCUCUUUCUUUCAAUCGUGCUCACGCACACACUCACAUGCACGGACGGUGCGGUUCGUUUUUAAGAGUUUUUUGUUUGUUCAUAAAAUCUCUCUAGGUUAAAUCAUUUCACACUUUCCUGUCCCUUUAUUUCUCCGAGUCUAGAACACUAAUAGGCUAUAAGUGGAAAAUGCGCGCGGAAUGCGAAAUGCACAUACAAUACAUACAUACACAUUCAAAGCGAAAACAAAAAUUUCAAAGAUGAAAAAGUAUUAGUAUUUUAACUUAGUCUCUAGGUCUUGUUUUUUGAUUUUCUUUGUACUUUUUUUUUGUAGUCACUCUAAGUAGGUAUUUGUAAAAUCUCUUUACUAUUAUUGAUCGUAUUUUUUUUUUAUUAAUUCUUCUAACUGAUGAAGUGAAACAAGUAAAAGACACAGUGAAAGGACAACCGUAACUCGAAUCAGUUUUAUCAAAUAAAAGAACUGAACAAAAAUGAAACCCAUCAUAUGUUAGUAAAUGUACAAGUGAAAGUUUUUAUUAUUUUUUUUCCUAAAAUCAAACGACGAAAGGAAUCAUUAUUUAAUUUGCUAUUUAACUAUUUAUUACAAAUUAAACCCCACAUACAUGCAUUGCAUCUGAACAAACAAAAGUGACGUGAAUCUAUCCAACUAACAGUAAAAAAAACAAAACAAACACACACACACACUUAAGCGUAUAAGUAUCUAUUAUUGUCAUUAAAUUAUCCAUUAGUUUUAAGUAUCAUUUGUCUCGUGAGCAACAACAUUGUCUCGUAACUUUAAGUUUUAGUGAAGAAAUAAAUAAAGCAAGAAGAAAAGAACAUCGCAACAUCUUGUGCGUAUAUUGUUAAGCCAUAAAAGAAAAGCAGAACACAGCAAGUGCAGAAGAAGAAUCAGCCUAUGAUUUAACGCUUUCUUUCUGUCACACAAACACACGUUAAUUUUCAACUGCUCCGUAGAACAAGACCAUAAUAAGUAGAUGUAAAAUACAAACGUAGGAAUGUUAUAGAACUAAUUAAGACACAAUGGAAAGAAAGAAGAAGAAAACAAUGAUGAUGAUGACGAUGACAGAAAGGUGCGUCGCGCAAGCGUGUGUAGAAACAAAUGAAACAAGACAAAUAUUUGCCAUAUUCUGAACAAACACAUUUAAACGUGAACCAUGCGUAAAAAGGUAAUGAAUACUCAUACACGUGAAAAUUAUUUUACAUUAAUACCAAUAAAUUGCAGUUUUUUGAAUCAAAAUUGUCGGGUUUGUUUUAUUUUUCGUUUGCCACUCUUUGGUUUUCGGUUGGUGCAUAAUCGAUAAACGAUCAUUUGAAAGAAAGCGAAAGCCAGCGAUUCCGGACAGUCAAAA